AACCCCAAAGACUUGGUAUUCCUUUUCAAUUCCUCCUUGUACAUGAAGAAAAUGGUGACACCUUCCUCUGUUUCUUCUCCACUUAUUUCCCUUAGGAUUUAUCACCUCCUCCUCUACCUUUAAACAGUUUUCUUCACUUGGAAUCUUUUUUUUUUCUUUUUUGCUUUUUUAAAUCUUUUGUUCAAUAUUCAUCUUUGUUAAUUCUUUUUCUUCAUGGGGGCUGGUUUCUCUGGUUUCGAGUUGCCCAGUAAUGGAGGUGGUUCUCCCAGUCUUGAUGAUGUGCCGGAGAGUUGUGUGUCUUCUAUUCUCAUGUACUUGGAUCCGCCAGAGAUAUGUAAACUGGCCAGGUUGAACCGGACUUUCCGUGGAGCUUCUUUAGCCGAUUUGGUAUGGGAGACAAAGCUGCCUUCAAACUAUAAGUUUGUUGUUAAGAAAGUUAUACAAGACAGUCCAGAGAAUUUGAGCAAGAAAGAGAUUUAUGCGAGAUUGUGUCACCCCAAUUGCUUCGAUGGUGGAACCAAGCAAGUUUGGUUGGAUAAGAGUAGUGGCAAGAUUUGUCUGUCGGUUUCAUACAAGGCAUUGAGAAUAACAGGAAUAGAUGAUCGGAGAUAUUGGAAUCAUAUUUCAUCUGAGGAAUCCAGGUUUAAUAAAAUUGCAUAUCUUCAACAAAUAUGGUGGUUUGAAGCAGUAGGAGAAUUGGAGUUUGAAUUUCCUCCAGACACAUACACUCUCUCUUUCAGACUUCAACUAGGCAAAGCUUCAAAAAGAUUUGGUCGACGAGUAUGUAAUACAGCUCAAGUUCAUGGAUGGAACAUAAAACCCGUUCAGUUUCAACUAUCAACAUCUAAUGACCAGCAUGUUUCAUCAGAACGUCACUUGCAUGAACAAGGAAAUUGGAUUUACUACAACGUAGGUGAAUUCACAGUGGAAAAGCCUCAUACACAAGUAAAAAUAAAAUUUUCCAUGACCCAGAUCGAUUGUACGCAUUCUAAAGGUGGCGUCUGCCUGGAUUCUGUGUUCAUAUGCCCUAUUAUUGCAAAUGGCCUUUUUAAGCAGCUUUGCUUGAAAUUGUUGCCUGAAAUGCGUAGUGUUGCUCAUCUAUUAGUGCAUCCAGCACUGAUAACCACCCUGAAGAAAGCAUCUGGAACACUUUGGAGCCAAACGAUAAUUGGACGUGGAGCCUCAUACUGGUCAAGUAAAGGGCAAAGUGACCCUGCUGUUCCUGAAGCAUUAGUGUAUAAGUUUAUAGCUAAUUUAUGUCUCGUAACUGAAAUCCAUAUUCAACCAUUCCAAGCAUACUUUCAGCAUGGCUUCCCUAUAUAUUCAUCUAAGGCGGUCCGAUUUAGACUGGGUCAUUAUAAACUUCCACUGCAGUUGGAGAAUAAUGUCACAGUUAAUUCUGCUAUCAACCAAAAUUCAAUGGAUGACAAAUUUGUUUGGACAUAUACAUCACCCGAAUACCCUAUGGCUCAGGAAAACUGCUUGCAAAAGUUCAAGCUACCAGAAGCUGUUCUUUGUAUUGGAGGAAUUCUUCAAGUUGAGCUACUGGGUAGAGUUCAGAGACAAGAAAUGGAUGGAUUGUAUUAUAUAUGUAUAUCCCAUGUUCAGGCUGUUGGACGGCCCCUUUCACGCCCAUUUGAUGUAGAAAUACUUGAUCCCACAGGAAAGUGCUCUUUGAAGUAUUUCCCUCAGCGAGAAUACAGCAUGUUGUCCCAUGGAUCGCCCAAAGGAGAGACAGGUGCAACUUCUCGUUGGCACGCAUUGACUGUGAGAUUAAUGGAGAGAGGGGUAAGGGGAUGGGAAAAUAUGAUUCUCAAUACACUGCUUGGCAUUGGGCCAGUGGUUGAAGAGGAUGAGUCGGAUGAAGAACUUUUAGAGGAUGACUCAGAUGAUGAGCCUUGGCAUAAUGGGUAAUCUGGAGAGUCAUAAAGUAGCGUCAUUGACGAGUAGGGGCAGUUCUACUUGUUACAACAUUUUUAUGAUAUGUUUGUGUGACCAAUUUAUUGUUUAGUUAAUCUUAUGUCGUUGAAGUUCCCAUUGUUAUCCCCAGUUGUAUUUUACUAAUGUAAUAAAUGGCCAAUAACUGAUGAGGACUUCUCAUGAUCAGGUUAGAGGAGAUUUCAGUGUAAAACUUGGCAACGCUGAUUGCUCAGGGUAGUGUAACGAUGCUUUCAAUUUUUCAA